AUGACAGGAUUAUUAGAAUAUAAACAUUACUUUCCGUUAGAUAGCAUACAAAAAGUAUGUGACUUAUUUGAAGAACAAUUGCGCAGUAACAAGGAGGCAGACCUGGCGCUAUUUUCUAUUAUAGUUGGCGCCGUUGAAAAUAAUUUAACAAAUGUGAAAAACAGUGAUAAAGAAGUUAACUUACAUUCAAAUAAAUUUGUUAAAAUUAAAUUUCCAUCCGUAGAGUGGGAUGAUGUAAAAAAAUUACACGAGAGGUUUGUUUCAUUGAUGCGAAGCGGUGUGGAUUCUAAACUCUUAAACGCUCCAUAUGCAACUCGGGACUUGGUUAAACGAGUGGCUGAUGUGGUAUGGAAUUCGUUAACUCGUAGCUAUUAUAAAGAUCGGGCACAUUUGCAAUCCAUAUAUAGCUUUUUAACUGGAAACAAGCUUGAUUGUUUCGGUGUCGCGUUCGCAGUAACAGCCGGCUGUCAAGUUUUGGGAAAACAGGAUGUUCACCUUGCCUUGUCGGAGGAUCAUGCUUGGGUUGUGUUUGGAAAAGAUGGAACUGAGACGGCAGAGGUGACAUGGCAUGGCAAAGGUAAUGAAGACAAAAGAGGCAGAUCAGUUGGUGAAGGUGUUUCUGCUUGCUCUUGGUUAUAUGUUGCCGGUAAACCAGUUGUGUGCACAAGACUUAUGGAACUAGCAGCAUUGGUAUCAUCAAUAAAUCCAACAUUAACACCAACCAUUGAUGUUCAUGAAGUAGCGCAAAUGCAGCAUAAGCUUCUUUGGUUAUUAUAUGACAAUGGACAUUUGGAUGCUUAUCCCAUGGCACUUGGCAAUCUUGGUGACUUGGAUGAAUACAUGAAAAAUGCUUCAGGCGAUGCCGAUAUCUCCUUGCCAAUAGGCAAUAUAAAUAGCACGAAAACUGAUGGUACUGUGCGACCAGACUCUGCAGCUCUGUAUGCUCAAGCAAUUCGCUCUUCAAGGACUUACUAUGAAGAUAGACAUGUUUACCCAUACACAUUUCAAGGGGGUUAUUAUCAUCGCCACAAAAUGUAUAAGGAAGCAUUUCACGCAUGGGCAUGCGCUGGAGACGUCAUUCGACACUAUAACUACUCUCGUGACGAUGAAGAAAUAUACAAGGAAUUUUCUGAAAUCGCCAAUGAAUUAAUACCUCAACUCAUGAAAGCGGAGAGUUCUGGUCAUUCGGCAAGGUCCAUAUUAAAGGAUCCUGAAUGUUUUGCUUCUUUAUUAAGAUUUUAUGAUGGAAUAUGUAAAUGGGAAGAGGGGAGUCAAACACCUAUUUUACACAUUGGUUGGGCAAAACCACUUGUGAGUACAAUAUCAAAAUUUGAUUCAGAAGUCCGAGCCCAAGUCCAUAUCAUAUGUCGUCCCAAUGCAGAUGAAAAUUUAGAUGAAUCAAAAGACGUUAAUGCUGAAAAGAAAGAGGAAAAAGAAAAUGUAAAUGAUAAAUGGAAUAGUAAUGGAGAAAAUGCAGAAAUGAGUGUUCGUGAACAGUUAACCGCAGCGGUUAAUAGUAGGCCUCGUGUCACUCUAUAUAGUCAUAAAAUGGCUGCCUUAAAACCUUUACUUCUUGCGGAGAGGCUUAACACUCAUGCAUUGCAACUUCAACUAACUGCACAAAGUCAAUUGCAAAGGCCGCAAACAACAACUAAAAGGAGGGAUGAUGAUGACCAGAGCCAGUCUGUCCCAACAGCGCGCGCUAAACGGGCUAGGCGAGAACGUUGAGUAUUCGAUACCGACUUAUUGCAUUUUAAGCAAAGUACGCUUUCUCACAGACUGCCUUGUGAUAGUAGUACCUUUGUGACCAGAGUUGAGCAUCUAUCAAUUCAAGUUUCAAUCGAAUCGUUACUUGAUUAAAUAAAUAAAUGUAAUUUAUUUGAUAGCAAUUGGUCACAAACUUUAUUGAUUGCAAUAUACAAUUAAAUCAGUUACAGUAUUCUUUUAUUUGUUAUAUAAAACAACUAGAUCUAACAAUUAACCUAUUAAUUGAUACUAUAGAGACCAGGGAGCGGCGAAAAUCCCUAAUUUUGUUGGAGAUUCUGAAGCAAGAAGACUUCACGACAGUACUCCAUGACAACAUUCCUCGAAAUAUGUAACAAAAGAUGGCAUUGGCCUAUAUUCCAGCUUCACCAUCCCGAUUGUGCCACAGGAUUGGGACAUUCACCAAAAAGCACCAGUGGCCUCUUCUGGUUCGUUUUACUGAUGUUGAAUACAGGAAAGCAGCAUGAAAAGUCAAAUCGAAGCUGAAAAGUACUCCACUCCACAUUAAUCGAGGAAUUAUUAACACGCUCCAGAAAGUGAUUUUUUCUGAAACUUGACAACAUUUUGGUAUGAGGUCGUGGUGGACACAAAAUAGAAUCGUCGUGGUCGAAGUUGCGGAUGGUGGUCGUCUGAAGGUCACUACACUGAAAGAGCUGAAAUUUUGGUAGCGAUGCACAUAUAAGACGACACACAAUACUUCAGGUGCGACCCAUAACACCUUGGGCCGUGUAGUAACUUCGGGACCAAAAUCGCAUAAAGCGUGAUUCGUGUUACGCUUUGAGGCUUAUAUCUUGUGUGCAUUUUAACUUUUUUAUCCAUGACAAUUUAAAUACCUUUAAACUGAAAAGUAUUUGAAAGUCUACAGGGCCAUUUUCACAUUGCGUUAGUUAUGAAACAUUUUCGUCUUUACCGCUGUUAAAAUUGUGCCAAAAAUCAUCCAUCAUCAUCCAAUAACAUUUUUUGCCAAAAAUAUGUGUUUCUUUUUUAUUUUAUACUUUAAUGCGAAUAUAGUGUGUGUACGAGUUUUCGGAGAAAGUAAAAUAUUGCCGCUCCUAGAAAUUCGCCUUGUUUAGUAGUAGUGGCCUUAGAGCAUGAAAAAUAAAAAAUACUUUUUAAAUAAUAUUUGUUUGGGUCGUAACUUACCCUUUUUUAUUUUACAUCUAUGGUUAGAACAACUUAUGCUGAAAUGAUGUUCGCAAGAAGGCAAUGUAUAGUUGCAUUGUUUAACGCAAUGUCAAAAUAGCCCUGUAUAUUUUAUCGUCGCCUGUUAUAGCCUCAAUUAGUUUUAUAGUUUCUUGCUUUAGUUAUUUAUGUUGUUUAUACUAGGCGGUUUGUCUAUGGCCGAUUGUCGGUUAUCAUCUGACAGUUAUUACCUGCGAGCUGUCGGAUUUCAGUUGUCAAUUUUUACCCGCAAAUUACUUAACAUGCCUGUAGAGUUAAGCUAUUGUCAUAUCAAUAAAACACAAACUAGCAGGUGGUGCAUUGAACAAACUGCACCAGUUAUAUGUUUUAUAUAUAUGUGUAUAUACUAGUAUCAUUUACAUGUAUAUAUACGUCUUUUAAAGAUUCCUAUUAUUUUGCUAAUGAAUCCGUAUCGAUAUCCUUCAACGACAAUUCCAGCUCGGUAACUGAGUGGUUUAGUAAUUGUGUGCGUCAGACAUCUAAUAACCAUUUUUAUGACUCACAUUUUUUUUUGAAUUACAAAGAGUGUUUGCUAGUCACUUCUGUGAACCUGUCGGAAACUUCCACUGACAGUUACGUUCAUGCUAUCCUGUU